CCAGAGGCCUGGCGGCGGCGGGGGCGCGAUGGUGCCGUUUUUUCUUAUUGCCGUUGGCCUAGCUGUGACGUCGUCGAGGCAAAUCGUUUUCAUUGACGAUGACAAGGGCACGCCAUGCGUGGAUUCGACGGGUAAUCCAGGAGUGUGCAGCCUUUUGAACCAGUGCGCCUCACUCCGGAACAGGAGCAUCGCUCUUCAGCAGCGGUCCGUGUGCGGGACGGGGGGAUCAACGACACGGGUGUGCUGCACGGGACAAACCGCCAGUGCAGGAGCGAAGUGUCGACGCUUCGUCUCGCCGCGCGACUGUGGUACUGUCGACCUUCUCCCGCCCUCGCAUCAACGCCAACGGCCUGCCGGUGAGCAGCGUGACCGACUUCCCCUGGAUGGCGCUGCUGCAAUACUCGUCUGAGCCGAUCAGCCGGUGCGGAGGCGCCAUCAUCAACGACCGCUGGAUACUCACAGCCGCGCAAUGCAUCAACAGCGCCGGCCCAGUGAAGGUACUUCUGGGCGACUUGCACCCCGCCACUAGCACAGAUGACCAUUUUCAGCACCCACCCAGAGUGUACAAUGUGGAGAAAACUGUAAAACAUCCGGAAUUCAGGCGGGUCGUCAGAGGAAAUGGAAAAGGCAUUUUCAAUGACAUUGCCCUCAUCAAGCUCACGGAGCGCAUCUCAAUAUCACCCGUGAUGAAGCCGCUGUGCAUCUCCGAUUCCUCCCGCCCCGCCUCCGACCUGGACAACCAGGAGGUCUUCGUCGCCGGCUGGGACGCGACUGAGUUCGCUGGGCCCACCCGGUCCGGGAUGCAGUGGGCCUACAUCAACGUCACGCGCCACGCUCAGUGCCAGGAGGCAUACUACCGCGUGGGCACGGCCGUGGACACCACGCAUGUCUGCGCUAACGGCGAGGAUGUGCGCGGCGGGGUCGACCUCUGCACGGCCGACAGAGGGGGUCCUCUGAUGCGGAGAGGGCAGCGCAACUCCCGGCCGACAUGGUUUGCCGCGGGCGUUGUCUCUUUCGGCAGAGCCUGUGGCGAUGUCAACUUCCCCGGCGUCUACACUCGCGUGGACAGCUUUCUCGACUGGAUCGGCUGCACGGUGGCGAGGAACUGACCCACCGGCCAGACGGCGGCAAGCUGGGUCUAUGGCAGCAGCGGGGGUGUGACAUAGCGUCCCCGCGCUGCGGUAAAGCGUCCCCGUGCUUUGCAAGCGCGACCAUGUGUAGCUGAAGCGCCCUUGUGUUCCUGAAAAGCCCCUGUGUCUCGGAACAGUCACUGUCUCGCUGAAGCGCCCCCGUGUUGCUGAAGCGUCUCCGUGUCUCGGAGCAGUCCCUGUCUCGCUGAAGCGCCCCGGUGUUGCUGAAGCGUCUCCGUGUCUCGGAACAGUCGCUGUCUCGCUGAAGCGCCCCCGUGUUGCUGAAGCGCCUCCGUGUCUCGGAACAGUCCCUGUUUCGCUGAAGCGCCCCCGAGUUGCUGGAGUGUCUCUGUGUCUCGGAACAGUCCCUGUCUUGCUGAAGCGUGUUGUCCCCGUGUUGCUGAAGCGUCUCCGUGUCUCGGAACAGUCCCUGUCUCGCUGAAGCGCCCCGUGUUGCUGAAGCGUCUCCGUGUCUCGGAACAGUCCCUGUCUCGCUGAAGCGCCCCUGCGUUGCUGAAGCAUCUCUGUAUUGUUGAAGCGUCCGUGUGUUGCGGAAACGUCUUUGUGCUGCUGAAGCGUCUUUGUUUUGCUGAAGCGUCUCUGUGUUGCGAAGAGUCCCCGUAUUGCUGAAGCAUCCCCCACGCUUGACCAACGGACGCUGGGAGCUCUUUAAUCCAGCAGAGUGGUCGGCCGGACGAUUUUGGAGUGUGCAGUUUGAGCAUAAUGUGGGGUGACCAACACAGGAGCCGAAGCUUGACGCGCUUUGAGAACGUCGCGUAAUGCUCUAGAAGCCUUGAGCUGUCGCCAUCUGACACUGAGCUUUUGCGUUUGGUGCGUAUGGUAGAAUGACGAGUCGGUAAUAUUGGUGCUCAGAUAAAGAGAGACAGGGUGACAGAGAGGGGAAGAGAAACCGAGUUCAUGGCCGUUGACUCAUAUGUCAGCCGUCAGGACCAGCCCCGAUGGCUCUUGGGAUGACUCUUGUGCUUGUGCUUGUGAUGUGCUAUAACCUUGCGAUGUUUUGUCCCAACCAAAAUUUGAUGAUAAGGUAAAUGAAAU